AUGCCAAAUUUUAUACUAUGCUUGAGUCAUUUUUGUGAAUUGCAUGGGCCCCAAAUCAUUGUUUGCACGCAAGUGACAACUAAUGAUAAGAAACAGGAUUAUCUUGCAUCAAAUUCAAAUCAAGGCGUUUGUGCGUCGUGUCAAUUGAUCUUGCCUGACAAUGCUGCUAGUCUAGUAACAAAUUGCGAUUCAACCGUGUUUAUAUCAACCGCGUAUCCAAGCUCACAGAGACGAUAUGCAGCGUUGAAGAAAUUGAUGAUGAAGUCUUUAUCAGUGGAAACAGUAUCGGAUAUAACCAAGCCAAUGUUUUUUGGUGAUGCCAUUCAUGGAUAUUGUUUAAAUAAAAUAUUCAAAAUAGAUGAUAUCAACGCUAGGGGCCAAGAAAGGAAGUACAGUUUGAUGAUGGUUUGUGAUUCAGAAGCCGACUUGUUACAGAAUUGGGAUAUUCUAACAUUGUACAUGUGUGAGUUUAUUGAUUUGAUUCAGCAAAGAGUUCUUCAGUAUACAAAUGAAAAGAUGCAUAGAUUGAGUGGCGGUUCAGUUGUUGAUAAUGAAAAGUAUUUGCGUCGAUCAAUGACGCGUCCGAAAUCACUAAUUGAGCUAACAGAUGAUCCACGGAUAUUUGUAAAGUUCCAUAUUUGGGCAGUGGAGGCAUUGAAAGAUACGCUCCAGUGA